AUGCCUUUGAUACUUGUGCCCUUUGACCAGUCUAUGAGACUUGGUCAGGGUUACAACACCUACCUGCAGCAAGUGUGUAUGGAAAACGUCGUGACAUUCACAGACAGCAAGGAGUUGAAAUUUACUGCUCCGCCGCCCUUGGGUACCAUCACACAGCCGUCUGAUACUUCUGCCAGUGCUUCUACGGCGGUGCCAACCAUCGUGCCCCCAACCAGCAACACCGUUGUCGAGCCACGCGCGGUGAAAGCGUUGGCCGGGUCGACGGAUCCCAGCAUCAAGCUGUAUCCCGUCGCACCAAUUGAUGCUGUCCCUCAGGUUGUUGAUUACAAAACCACCUUGACGAACAAAGUCUCUGAUGCACUUGAGAAUCUCAACAUCUCUGCUGCGGCUUCUGUGAAGUUCGGGUCCGUCACGGCCAGUGGAAGCGGUGCAUUUGUACAAGAAGACAAGGUCAAGCAAAGCAGCUUGACCUACAUCUUGACAGUCAAAGUCAUGAAUGAUCUUGUACAACCUGAUACCAGUACCCUGACCUUCAACAAGGUCGACUCUGUCAUCGAAGAUAAGGAGCAAUUUAUCAAAUCUUAUGGAGAUGGCUUCAUCUCUGGAUGGGUCAAGGGUGGCGAAUUCAAUGCCAUCGUCAGCAUGGUGACUAAGGACACAGAUAGUGUUGAGCAUAUCAAAGCCAGCCUCAGCGUCCAGAUGACUGCUUUUCAGGGUGAAGGCCAGGGUGGCUUUGACAAAACAAGCAGCGAUGCACUAAGCGAGGUCAAUUAUGCCGUCAAUUGGAGAGGUGGUGGUCAGAUCAAGGACCCUCAGCAAGAGUGGAACAUGACGAGCCUCUUCCAAGCCGCUACAGAGUUCCCAGCUAGAGUCUCUGCGCAUCCUGAAUACUGUGAGUUUACUCUACCACCUGUUCCGGGCCAUUCUUUCAAAUACCAAUUAUCCCGGUACUUUCUUAAUACUGACAACAAUGCAGGUUAUGCCAUCAUCACUAAAUGGGACCACCUGAAAGAUUUCCACAAAUACACUCCGUCUUGGUGGACUGCAAGUUCUCUUGAUUACGAUAUGGCUGCAGUUUAUACGAAUGAUCUUCUCGACCAAUUUUUGGAGUACAAGAGCCUUUUGAAACAAGUCAGCGACAUCGCCAGCAACCUGACUGACUACCAGGUCUCCGCUUCUCCAAACGCUGUUCCUGUCGAAAUUGGAGCUCUUCUUGGUAUGAAGAAACUCAUCAAAAAGGAGAUGGCAAUGAUCACGCGAGAGAUUGACUUCGUGACCCAGAACCCUCAACGCGCAAUUGAUGCUGUGCUAGCUCAGGCGGACGACGAAAAGCACCCACAAGUCACAUCAGGCCCGUCAUCGUCGCAUUCCUCCGAUUCUGCAGUUGUUGUCAACCCCCCCAAGGCGAAGGAUAGUGUGCCUGGAGCAUCAGUGAAUUCCAAUCCGCCUCCUCCACCCCCGUUCCAGAACAUAACGGACCCUCAAAUAAUUGCAGUACAACUUCCAGUUAGCAAAGACGCUCCUCAUGGAGGCAAUCAGGGCUCGAAGCCAAUGAUCAUGGCUGGAAAUCCGAAGGCAUAUCGCACACCUUCCGGAUUGACCGAGAUAUUUGCUGUGGCGGGAGAUGGCCUCCUCUAUCGGAAAUGGAUCAAUGAACCACCACAAGGGGUAGUAACAAGGUCAUCUCCAGGAAGCUGGGAGCUCUUCACACCUAGCAACACAGUUUCCCUCACUGGCAACCACGACAUUGCGGCAAUCUACAGGGGCAAUAGCUCUGUAGACUUGCGUGAUAUAUUCGCCCUUGGAGUGGAUCGCAAGCUAUGGCACAAGAUGUACGCAAAUGGCCAGUGGCAACCAUGGAAAAUGGUCAACGACACUACCUACGCUUCUGCUCCCUCAGUCAUCUCUACCAAGCUCGGCCGGAUCGAUAUUGCCAUUCGUACUCUCGAUGCAACCAUCCAUUGGUUAAACCUGGUUGGAGAUACCUGGACGACUAAAGAGUUGUCCUUGGGCAGGACAUGGUAUGGUGAACCUUAUUUGAUAAACUUGAACGACGAUUCCGGCUCAACUCGGUUGUACUGUGUUAGUCAGGUCGCCGAUUCCAACAUGUUCAGGAUCACGCUUCAGGACGGCCAAGAUCCUGCACCGCCUGCCCGGCUAGAGGAAAGCAAUGUGUUGAGCUUGUCAAUGUCAUCAGUCACUGCUCCUGGGAAGAAUGAUGUCGGGCUGCUCGUCUGGACAGGCGCAGGAGAAGUCGGAACUUGGUGUGCUCAACACGUGUGGGGUCACGAUUAUGCUCAAGGCACCCGUGUCUGGCUAGAAAGCAGGGACAUGCUUUCAGCGCCCGUGGCAGUCGUGACGGACACGAACUGUUUUGUUUUAGCAGUCAGAGGCCGUGACGUGCCUGCCAACACCGAUCCGAACGGGAAGGGUAAGGUGGUAUGCCAUAUGACGGACACGAGUUUCGACCCCAAACAACUCGGAGCUGUCAACGACAGAGCCAAAUUUGUGAUCUCACAAGUAAUUUACAACAGCCCAUGUGCCGUUGCCUAUGGAAGUCAAGUCGACGUUUUCGCGUGCGGAAUGAAUGGUGAUCUCUGGAAGAGCCAUUAUGACGGCAAGGAUUGGGUUAGCGUGGAUGAGAGGAUUUAG